AUGCCAAACAAAUUCAACAAAGACAAGCAUGAGCUGCACAAAUUGGAGGUAAUUGGUGGCAACUACCAAAGAGUGGCCAUGCAGUUUAUGCAGACAAAAGAUCUGGAUAAGUACAAGUACACGGAAGGCAUUUUGUUUAAAGGUUAGUUAAGCCUGAGUUUUAUCUCCGCACAGGAGGUUUUUUAAUGAAAUACCAAGUAACAUUUUAUUUAUUUAUACGCAAGUGUGGAUCUUUUGCAAAGAUGCCGCAGAAAGACUUGCUUAAACUUGUAUUCAAGCACAACCGGAUGGACCGAUUUCAUCAUGAGAUGACUUCACAAGAAAAGGUACUUCUGCUCUUUUUAGGAAUUUGUCUCAUUUUGUAUAUGUUCUAGUCAGACUCUCAUGCAGUCCAAAUAUACCAGGUCUUUUUUCCCUCAUAUAACUCGGACAUGCCCAAUUGAUAACCACACCCCUCUAAAGGAGUAUCAUUAUCAUAGCUUUAAGUUUUAGGCUUUCUGAUGGUAGCAUUACAAUGUACUGAAAACUGAUUGUGAUCUUUCUACUUUAGGUGUUUUCAACCUUAAUAAUUGUUUUUAAUUCGAACCAUGGCUACACGGUUCCUAAAGAGCCCUCUAAUGUAAAUCCAGAAGACCUUUACGAAAUUUCCUCUAGAAAAACUUAGGUGAACUUAAAGAUUAUCUAAGUUUAAGAGGGUUACGUGUAACUGGCAAAAAAAGAGAGCUUGUCGCUUAAGCCUUUUCUGCUUGUGAACACAAUGUUUGGGUUGUGGUAUCCAAUGAGUAGUUCAAGUUGAGACUCACAUUUGAGUACCAGCAACAAAUAAAGAGUCUUCCUAGUGACCCCAGGCUUAUUGCAGAAGAUGAAUGGAGAAACAAUAUGACAACAUGGCCAGCUUCAGGCCUUGGGACACUUAUUUUGUCGAAGAAUUUGACUCGCGUUAUGUAUGGAAGUAAAGCUUUGUAAAGCUUACUCCUAUUUUGCCGGUGGAUUCAUGGGUAUGGUAUAUUAACACACAUUUGUUACUGCCAGAGAGCGCAUUUUGAAAUGCAAAGUUACACCAUCCCAACAAGUCAGAGAUGAGCCAUGGUAGGUGUGGGUAGCCAUUGAUACAAAUCGAGGAGGUGUCCUGUCUGCAUGAUGUAGCUGCACAGCAGGCUACUUCCAAAGUUGCAAUCAUGUUAUGGCACUUUUUUACAAAGUGAAGCGUGCAUUUUCUAUGGGCUUCCCUAGUCCUUCAUGUACAUCUGUACCAUGCAGAUGGAAUGACUACACCUUUAGAGAAGUUCAUCCCAAGAAAAUCAGUGGCUUAAAAAUAAGAACUGAUUCACACAACACAAACCAAAAAAAGGAGUGAAAUCAACUCAGAUUUCAAGAAAACUUUUGAUCCUUGCAGUGAGUGUGAAUGUGCUGUCACUGAAGAAACCAAAAAUAGAUUUCUUGCAAAAUGGAAAAAAAAAUUACUUAUAA